AUGAAAGGCCAGAACCCCCAGACCACCACCAGAACGUUGCAGCAGCAACACAAACCUCCCCCACAACACACAUCAUACCCUCAACACCUACCACAACAAAACCCACCUACACAACAACAACACCAACAACAAACAUCACAUCCUCAGCGACCAACGGAAUACAACCCACCUCCACUACAGCAACAACAACCACAGCAACACAGACACCAAAACCCCAGAUAUAGGCAGCAGAAACCCCCCACCAAUCAAAGACGCAAUCCACCUACACAACAACCACAACAAGACCAACAACAGAACACAUACCACAGAGACCCCAGACAGACACAAAACCAAGACACAAACAACACGCCCACACCUGCCUCAAACCCCAUGUCCUUCUACUCCACAUCAACUCGGAAAACACCCCUACUUCCCACCCCACCCAAUCACAUGAAAACACCCCCCACCCCCAACUCCACCCGUGACGGUAGUACCAGUGCCGAAAGUCAGCACAACACCGUAGAGCAGACACCAGAGAAAGGCCACUACCGCCUCAGUAAAGACGACUUUAGGAGGGAAAUAGAGAAAAUUGGCCCAUUACACCACCGCUUAUAUGCCUACAAAGAGGGGAUAGGCACACAGGAAUGUCUAGCAGAUGUGAUGGCCACAAUAAAUAACAAGAAAGCAAUCGUAGUAUUUCUCGACCUAGAAAAAGCCUACGAACUUGCAAGUGCAGCUGCUAUCCUGGCAGCCUUAGCCAACAAGACGGUUUAA